AUGGAUUUCGAGCUGCGGCAGGCGCGGGAGAAGCUGGAGCGCGAGCAGCGGGAGCGGAUGCAGCGCGCCAAGGCCAAGGCCGAGCGCGACCGCCGGGCCAAGGCCGAGGCGGCGCGCCGCCGGGAAGCGCUCGAGGCCUCCCACCGCGAGCGACGACUCGACGCCGCACGCGCCCAGGAAGAGGCUGACCAGAAAAUGGAAGAGGUGAUGCAGCUGGGGAAGGGGGUUUCAUUCUCGCACAUGUUUGAGGCACUUCGAUAUGAUGGCCCUGGGGAUAAGAUCAAGCUGCCACCAUCUUCGUUUAAGGAGUUGUCUGAUGAAGGAGCUCUCGAUAAAGGUCCCAUGUACUUCAGGUUGUCCAAGGUUAGGGACACAGUCCCAGGUGCUGCUAUGGAACAAGACGCCGAGGCAACCUGUUGUGGUGUUCUUGAAUUCACUGCAAGGGAAGGCUCUGCUGAACUCCCGCCACAUGUUUGGAACAACCUGUUUCGGAGUGACACCCCAGAGGUCCCUCUUAUUGAAGUCAACUAUAUCAGUUUGCCCAAAGGAACCUAUGCGAAGUUGAAGCCAGAAGGAGCUGGGUUUUCGGAUCUCCCUAAUCAUAGAGCAGUCCUUGAAACAGCACUCCGCAAUCACGCAACACUAUCUGAAAAUGAUACCAUUGUGGUGAAUUAUGGGCGGCUUCAGUACAAGUUAAAGGUUCUUGAACUGAAGCCCGCAUCAAGUGUAUCUGUCCUAGAGACAGAUGUUGAAGUUGACAUCGAGGGAUCAUAUUCAGUUCUGGACAACGAAGAGGACCAACACAUGCUUGUGCCGCUUGUGAUUGGAAACAUAGAAUCCAGUGUUGUGGAAGAAGGAAAGUUCAGGUACUAUAAAUUUUCAGUUGAAGAAAAUCUGAGCGAGAAAGUAGCUUCUGGGCGUGCAAAUAUCGAGGUUAAAAUAGAUACGGAUGUGAGCGGUGGCGACACUGAUAUCUACGUUUCAAGACAUCCUUUAGUAUUCCCAACUCAGCACCGACAUGAGUGGUCUUCCCAUGAAAUGGGAUCAAAGGUUCUUAUACUCAAACCACGGGAUGCUACUUUGGUCAGUGGUGUUUACAGUAUCGGAGUUUAUGGUUUCAAAGGGACUUCCAAGUACCAGCUCUCUGUAGCUAUCAAGGAUGUUAGUAGCCAAAGGAUUGGUGAAUAUGCUAGUGCCUCGGGAAGUGUUGGUGUUGAUUCAGUGCUGUGUAGGAACUGUAAGCGCCAUAUAGCCAGCCGGUCUGCUCGUCUUCAUGAGGCAUACUGCAUGAGACACAAUGUCGCCUGCCUGCAUGAUGGGUGUGGAGUUGUUCUUCGGAAGGAAGAAGCAGCAGAUCAUGUGCACUGCAACAAGUGCGGACAAGCUUACCAGCAGAGAGAAAUGGAGAAGCAUAUGAAAGUCUUCCAUGAACCGUUGCAGUGCCCCUGUGGGGUGGUCUUGGAGAAGGAAGAUAUGGUUCAGCACCAAUCCUCGACCUGCCCCUUGCGAUUGAUUGUGUGCCGCUUCUGUGGUGACACAGUCCAUGCUGGUGGAGAACCCGCUGAUGUUCGUGACCGGCUGCGAAACAUGUCUGAGCAUGAGAGUAUCUGUGGAUCCAGGACAGCACCAUGUGACUCCUGUGGACGGUCGGUCAUGCUGAAGGAGAUGGACAUUCAUCUUAUUGCUGUGCAUCAGAAGAGCUGA